AUGGACUCUCUGUGUUUAUCUCCGCUCUCUAUUCCAGAUCUCAUGGACGCCUCCAACAGGACGGGUGCACGUCACUGUUCUGGAUUCAGCGACGACCACAUUCAAGCCUUUCUCUGUUUCCUGUUCUACUUCUUCCUCAGUGCCUUCUCCAUCGUCACCGUGUGCGGCAACCUGCUGGUGUUGGUGUCGGUCACCUACUUCAGACAGCUGCACACGCCCACCAACUUCCUGGUUCUGUCUCUGGCCAUGUGCGACCUGCUGGUGGGCGCCGUGGUCUUCCCUCUCUCCAUGAAGUCCUCCGAAAGCUCCUGCCGCCGUCUUUACGACUCCUUGUGUAGAGUUCGGGGCAUCCUGGACGUGUCUCUGUGCAGCUGUUCUAUUCUCAACCUCAGCUGCAUUUCCAUCGACAGAUACUACGCUGUGUGUCACCCGCUGACCUAUAAGAGCAAGAUCAACAGCCACGUGGUCGCGGGGAUGAUCCUUCUGAUCUGGACUGUCUCCGCCAUGAUCGGAAUCAGCUUCUUAUUUGCACAUUCUCAUCGUGCGGUUUGUGGUGAACCGUGUUUGAUCGCGAACGCAGCCGGACUCCUGUUCUCCUUCUACCUCCCAGUGCUGACCAUCCUGCUGAUCUAUCUGAGGAUCUUCCUGGUGGCCCACCAGCAGGCGCGCAGCAUUCAGAAGGUGACCAACGCCAGCCGCAUGGAGAGAAGAGCCACCAGGACCCUGGUCAUCGUCAUGGGGGUCUUCCUGGCUUGCUGGCUGCCCUUCUUCCUCUGCACCACCGUGCGCUCCUUCAGCAACAUCCUCUUGCCCAGUUCCUUUGUUGAAACCCUGAACUGGCUGGCGCUGUCCAACUCCAUGCUCAACCCCUUCAUCUAUGCUUUCUUCUACAGCUGGUUCCGAGCUGCCUUUAAAAUCAUCAUAUCGGGGAAAAUCAUUUGUGGCAGUUUUAAAAACUCAAUGCUGCAAUGA